AUGGUACACAUUCUGUAUCAGUAUCACCCUUGGUCCCAGCCCUCGGCAGGUGUUCGUAAGUUCUUCUAUGGCACCAAGGAAAAGGUGAGCUCAGACUGGAAGGACCUGGCCUUCCAUCUUGAGUUUGAACAACCCGACAUCGACAACAUCGAAGGGAGAAACCGAGAUGACAAGUCUCGCUGUAUGGACCUGUUGGAGGAAUGGCUGAAGCGUAACGGAGAGAGAGCCACCAUAGAGGUCCUGAUGGAGGCUCUGUCUGAGGCAAACCUGCAGAGUGUUGUGGAUGGUCUGAGGAGAAAACUUCAAGAAGUGCCCUUUUCAGUUCCAGUUGGAGUUGCAGGAACAGAGUCUCCCUCUUUGACAGGUGGGGAAAUUACAGAUGUGUUCCAGAAGUCUGUGAAGAAGUACUAUGAGUUGAAAACAUCUCACUUCAAGCCUCUGAUCUGGAAUGACAACUUCACACUUACCCUCAGUGAUAUCUUCACCCAGUUAGAGUUGGUACCAACGAGUGAAAACCAGUUAAAAACAUCAGAACCCACCAGAGAGGAACAAAGGAAAGAACUGAAGUCAUUAGAUGACUUGUUCAACCCAGAUGUCACAGGACUGUCCACAGCACCAAGGUGCAUUCUGAUUGAGGGUGAAGCCGGAGGGGGGAAGACAACGUUUCUGUCCAAAGAAGCCCUAGAUGCCGUCUCACAGAAAACAGAGCUGGGUAAACGACACAGCAUUGUCCUUUUUAUCCGACUUCGGGAGGUUAGAGAGGGGGAGACCAUAGCGGAGAUGGUGUGGGACCAGUGUGUUCCUGAAAGAAAAGAUGUAACCAUAGAGUCCAUUGAAACAAUCCUAGAGCAAAGCGAGUCCCAUGUGCUCUUCCUCCUAGAUGGGUAUGAUGAGCUGCGGCCUGAGGCCAGGGCAGCCGGGCAGGCCAUUCCCAAACUGCUGUCUGGCAAGUUAUACCCCAACAGCACGAUUGUGAUCACCUCCCGACCCUCAGCAGGAGUGCAGCAGUACACCCGGCCAGACUGUCAUGUGCACAUCAUGGGCUUCUCUGAAGAACAUGCAGAGAAAUACAUGCAGCAGUAUUUCACUGUUGUUAAGAAGCAGGAACUGACAAGUAACCUUGUCGUACAUGUCAAAGAUAAUGAACUUUUGAACACUUUAAUCCAGACCCCAAUUUUCCUAAUGUUGGUCUGUCUGCUUUGGGAGGAGGACCAAGAGAUGGUGUCUACUGGAACAAUAACGGGACUGUAUGACAACCUGCUGACAUGUCUGGUUAGAAAGCACUGUAAGCGGGAAGGAGUGGACAUGCCAACAGACGGGCUGCCUACAGAGGUUGCUGAGUCAUUACUGCAGCUCGGCAAGUUAGCACUAGAGGCACUGCUGAGGAAUGAAACCCUGCUUGAUCUUGUAGAAGUAGAGAAAGAAAAGAUAAAUUGGGAGUUUUUGUUAAAGCUGGGUGUGGUCUCCUUGGAGGUUUCUUCCUCUAAAUUGCAUCCUAGGAAACAACUGAAUUUUUCCCACAAAACCAUGCAAGAGUUCCUGGCCGGACGAUAUGUUGCUCAUGCUCUGUUGAACCAAGACAUUGUAGAGCUGCUGCAGCUCACCUCCAUAACCAAGGCACUUGAACUCAGCAACCUGCUUCAGUUCACGUGUGGCUGUGACUCACGGGCAGCACAAGCUGUGAUGGAGGAACUGAGCAACGUCAGCAGCAGAGAGUUCACACACUUGAGACCAGAACAAUUUGAACGUCCAAAUGUGCCAAAGGAUCGAGAAAUGCAAAAGUCCUGCAAAACAUAUGUAUAUGAAGACUUUGCAGACUUGUGCCUGACCAUCCUCAGUGAGAGACAAGAACCAGAAGUGCGUCAGGGCAUCAGUCAAGCGCUGCCAAUUGUCAUGCUGGACAGCUCAAUUAACAGUAGAGAAGCCACAGGUCUGAAGUAUUACAUGCAGAAUCUUCAUUCAGCAAACCUGCCGGACAGGCUCAUACUUCACAUCCAUGGAGGCACUGACAGCAGAGACACAGUUCAGUACCUACAGCAGUGUUUUAAAACUUCACUCCCUGGACUUAGAUUGGACUUGAGACUGUCAGGACAGUUUGACUCACCUGAUGAGACAGCCAGGCUGGUUUCAGUUCUGAAGAAUGUUCCUGGACUGAGGGCGCUGGAUCUGUCAUGGACACGCCUAACACCAUCAUCACUCCAGCCACUUGUGCAGGGGUUCAGCCACAUGUCUCUGUUAGAGGAGCUGGAUCUUAGCAUGAACGGCAUUAAUCUUACUAAGAACCGUAAUCUUGGUGAUGCUGGGAUGGAAGUCCUGCAGGUUGGGCUGUCCAGUGUUCCACACCUGGCUGUUCUCCGUCUUGGGGUAGUCAACAUGACAGCUGUGGGCAUGUCAUCCCUGGCUCCCUACAUGCGCCACCUAGUGGGACUGAGAGAACUGGAUAUAAGUUAUAAUUAUAAGAUCGGUGAUACUGCGCUGGAAUCUCUCACCACCGUCCUCCCCAUCUUCACAGCCAUGCAGGUGUUGGUCCUGUGUAGCAUCGGUAUCAGCCCCACAGGCAUGCGCACACUGGUCCCUGCACUGUGUCAGCUAACCAGACUGAUCAAACUGGACAUUAGUCAUAAUGCCAUAGGAGACCCCGGACUGGAAUGCCUGGCUGCUAUCCUCCACCACCUCACAGCCAUGAAGGUUUUGGAUCUCAGUCUGACAGAUAUCAGUGACAGGGGAAUAUCAUCCCUGAUCAAAGCUCUGCCUCACCUGGUGCAAUUACAGGUGUUGGAUGUGAGUUACAAUAACAUAGGAGACUCAGAGAUUGUCUCACUGGUGCAAACACUCUGCCAGCCCAGCAGUUUGGACAUGGAACAAAACCCACCUGGUGACAAGAGUCUGACCACAGCCCCUCACUGUAACACCACACUACAGAAGCUGGACAUCGGGAACAAUAGGAGAGUAACAGGAGCCGGACGGGUGAGGGUCGCACAGCUCAUCAGCGCACUGCCGGCACUGACCAGGCUGAACAUGUCUGGUUCCCGGCACACACCUGCACACCUGCCUGACACCGCUGCCAUGGCCCUGGCCGAGGCUCUACCCAGACUCCCUGCCCUGGAGCGGCUGCACCUGGAGUACAUCUCCAUGGAGCCUGCAGGGUUCCAGGCUGUGGUGCAGGCUGCUGAGGAACACCCAACACUGAAGAUGCUGUUCUACUCUAGUGAUGGAGUUCCUGAGGGAGGGAACACCACAGCCAGCUGCCUUAAGCUGCACGACUACUGAGUCCCCAACAUGCCGACCUGUUCUGUACAUUGUCUCAGCUGAGGUAUGGAUGUCCUGAAAUGCCUAAAGCCGGACCAUGACUCAAAAGACAUCACUCCAACAUCUUUGAAAUCGUAUCCAAAAUCCUGUGACAACUCAACUAUUCAUCUGCGUAUAUGAUGCACAUCUGGACACAAGACUACAAAUGAUAAGAGGACAUACUGUCUAUGACAGUUAUGGCAGCUAUUUAGGAAAUAAACGAGGCUGAUUAUAAUGUUACAGUUAGAAAAGUCAGAAAUAAUCUUCAUUCCUAACAUGAGCACAGCAUUCUCUUUUGUCCAAUGCCCAAAUAUCAUUCUACUUUCAGCAAAUGACCACUUGCAAUAAUUGAUGUUUAACUGAAGCUCUUGAUAUUAUGAUAUUUAUUGCAUGUCUGCAGCGUUUUUAUUAUUCAAUGGACAUUGCAGAAACACCUUGAUACAGUUGUGGCUGUUCCAUCAGGUUUACUAAAAAGAUCAAAAUCUUUCACUUGGAGAUGUAUUUAUGAGCUCCAUAGCGUUUGUACAAAAGUAUUCGAAUUUUGGCCUUUUACUAAACUUUGCCACCCAACAAGCACGCUACUGAAAGGUUUGCAGUCCUUAGGAUGGGAUGUUAGGCUGUUGGUUCAUUGUGCUUGUCUAAAAGAGCUAGUA